UUCUUUUUCACAGGUGUGAAUUAGUUAUCCAAGUACAAAGCACGGAAUAAACCAAAACGAACUAUGAAGGGGAUACUGGGGAUUCUCCUUGUCACAGCUGCGGUCAUUAAGGAAGUGCAAGGGCAGUGCACACAAUCAUGUCUCCUAGAUGCUGUAUGCAACAUUACAACUCAAAAGUGUGACUGCAACACAACCUAUUAUAGAAACAAAGAUUUAGCACUGAUUCUCCAGCCUUUGUCAGUAACAUGCACUCCUGCCUCACUUGAGCUCAAAUUCACUAACUGCCAGUUAGAUGCAUUGAGCAGUCUUGGAUUCCGUUCUCCACCCAACUCUAGUUGUUAUCUGAGUACAGACAGCUCCUCCAUCGCAGGACAGACUACAUUGUUUUUUGGAUAUCCACCUCGCAAGGCUACUUGUGAUGCUAUAAUAUCUAUUACCAACAGCUUUAUAACAUAUGUCAUUAAUGUUCUAUACAAUGCUGGGCCUAAUGCAAAUGGAGUUGUCCUUUACAAUGAUGUGAAAGUAGGAUACAACUGCUCCUAUGCUUUGGAUUUGAAAACAAGCCUUGGACUUGUAGUAAACCCUGUAGUAAGCACUGCCAACAUAAGCAUUACUGGCGCUGGAAGUUACACUGCAAAGAUGGCUUUAUACAAAUCGUCCACAUACACAUCGGUAUACACUGUAACCGAUUAUCCGAUUACACUUAAUGUUGGGCAGCCCCUGUAUGUUGGCACCUUUGUACAAGAUGCUGAUUCAACUAAAUUUGCACUGAGAUAUGGUAUGUGCUAUGCAACUCCAUCCAACAAUGCAAGCGAUUCUGUAAAGUAUAACAUCAUUGUAAAUGGCUGUCCUACUGCAGGAGAUGUUGCAAUCAAUAUCACUCUCUCUGGAGUAUCGACUGAGGGGCGUUUCUCUGUAAGAAUCUUUAAAUUUCCCGGGAGCAGCAGUGUUUACCUGCACUGCAGUAUUGUGCUCUGCAGGAUUGGAAACUGCUCAGUGACUUGCCCAGAAGUCCGUGUAGCGGAUGAAAGUGAUUCAUCUGUCCAGCUGCCAGGAUUAGGACCUAUAAAAAUAGAUGAAACAGAAUCUUCUGCAAAUCAUCUGAAUGGUCUUCCUUGGUUGAAGAAGAUCUGUGCAUUCCUGGUAGUCUUGGUAAUGACAUCAGUGUGAUCCAUGGGCAUCGAGCAAAUUAAAAGCCAACUCCAAUAUAAUCAUUAUGCAUUGAUUUUUCUUCCAUUUGCAUGAUCUGAAGACAUUUUAGGUGAAUUCAAGACUAACUAACAAACAAUCCCAAAUACAAUGUAAUUACUCUAUACAAGUCAACAUCAGUAAGAAAACUGUUGAAGACUUGCUGUAUCCUAUUUCAUUGCCAAUCAGUGUGGAAGAUAAUUAAGAUACAAACAUAUUAUUAAAAUAUAAACAUUAAUUUCAGUGAUAAGUAUUUUUUUGAUUUGGAAUAGUAAUUAUAAAACUCAUUUAAAUGAUUUUAUUCUUAUUCAUCUGCCAUUAUACAUUUGUUGUGUAUAUGCAUUAUAACCAAAAGUUCUGAAAAAGAAAAAGAUGAACAAAGUAGAAUAAAAAAAAUGCAAUAAGCAAUAUGUUCAGGUAUUAAAAUAUUUCAUUGC